AUGAGAGAGCGCUGGAAGGAGAGGAAGAAGAAAGUAAGAAAACGUUUGCGUAGCAGGCGGAAAAAGAAACAAACUGCAGUUGGUUUGGCAGUAGUGGGGAGGGAGCAGAAGUGUCGUGGAAGCGUCAAAGAAGAUUGGUCUGGCAAUCAGAGAAGGGAACGGUCGAGGGAGAGGAAGGGAGCCUCGAUUGCAUUUGAGGACAAGACUGCAGCGGAAGGGAUUUUGGGAUCGAUUUAUCGUGGCUUCGAUGAACGCUUUCCAUGUUUUCGGUCUUUCAAAGUGAUAUUUAACGUAGGCUGGGCACUUUUAAGCAGUUGGCUUCCCCUAGCAUCAUCGAUAACGACGGCAAAAGCAACCGCGGCAGCAACGAAAUUAUUCGAAAAAAAAAAUGAAACCAUUUUUGGAAAGCAGAGAAAAAAUUUCCCUCCGCCUCUAUACAAAGGAAGCGUUUGGCUUUAA